GGUUCUCGUUCUGCUGCGCGGACGACGCGCUGGUUUGUUCUUCUGGAACGAGAUCUAAUCUAUUUUUAACAACAUAUGACUAGCAGUUGCUGGUAGAGUUGUAAAAAAAAUUCAGCACUAUCCAGUAUGAUACUGCCCGCGGUGUUGAUGUUGCGUGUUUUUGCAUCGUGCUCGCUCGUCACUGGCGACCUUCACCUAGUCAGCGGCUUGCGAUCGGGACCGGAAAAAAAAUAUUCUAAGAAAUACAACAAAGUGCCCUACGUUACUCCGACCGAUCCACCAUGCACCUCUUUCUCGGAAACACUCUUUGCCAAAGCGUUGCCUGAAGACGUUUCAACAUAUUUAAGUGGUAGUUCACCGCUGAAAGAGAUUAAAAACGUGGAGAACAGGCGACUCACCAAAGCAGAUAUCGACAGCAGCACAAGCAGCUCCGGAGUUCUUCCUUUCACGAGCGAUACAACGGCCUCGUGUGCUCAUUACGACAGUGGCAUGCUAGAAGGCACAACUACGACAAGCAGAAAACACAACACUAGCACUAGUCAGGGAAUUUCCUAUUGUGGUGUACUUGUACCAAAACUGCAUGAAGGCAAAGAUAAAGAUCAAGCAGCGAUCGAAGAAGUUACUGGUGGUUCGUCGUUGCUGGUUGUUCCGAAAGUGGUGUUUCGCCACCUGGUUUCUGGCAAUGCGUAUGCAGAAAUCCCUAUCGCGUCUCGCAAAGGAGGAAGCCUGCGUGCUCUGUGGAGAUCAGCAAAGCCAGAGGAUCCUGUUCGACUAGGACUUUUGAUAUGUCCACUGACUAGUACAGAGCCGCCUGUUAUCAUAGCACUUUUCCAUUAAUUUCUCCGAUAUUCAGUUUCAGUGAAAACGAGACGUCAUUUUCAAGUAAUACUGGAUGGCGAAGAUGGAGGAGGACUUCUUUCCAGGGAGUACAAGGAACAAGUCAAUGUCACAAUGGUGAAGAAUGUCGUCAAAUCGUGUUAUUCAUUGACUCCUGAGCUAGACCUCUAAUUUGUAGAAUCUUUGCACCCCGUGGCUGUACUACUGCGCGUGGCGCGGCGUGUAAUCGACCCAUGCGACUUUAUCAUAGUGGUACGCAACAGCCCUUGGAUUUUGAUGAAGUGCUGAAGGGAGACUCUGAAGUCGGCGUCGUGGAUUUAACGCUUGCCGGCCAUGCAGAUCUGCCUUUGGCUCGACACUUGCGAACCCUGCGCUCGGAUCUUGAGGCGUACAUGAACAACGACGGCUCGCUUAAGCUUCCGCCUACAAGGCAAGAACGCCGGCAAUUACCACAAGGAAGCGGGGAUGAAGGUGGCCAGCACCAAGAUCAAGUUAUUCAGGACCAAGGUGGCUACCAAGAGCAAGUUAGUGACGAGCUCGAAGAUGGUGAUCUGCGUGAAACAAAUUUCUAUUUGGACGUGCUAGAAUGGAUUGCUCAUCUGCGGGACCAAAGUUCGGGUUUUUUUUACGCUUACCGCGCGGGAGCGGCAGGCCAGGACGCCCGCGAGGGGCAAAGACAACAAAAUCAACACCGCAGAGAACAGCAACAAGAGCAAAGUGAUAAUGAAGACGAAAAUGAUCAUGCUGGUCUUCCUAAGAGAAACAACGGAGACCACCAAGACCAACCACUACCGUUCAUGCUGUCUGCCGAGUCACAGGGCCUACUGCAAGUACAAGCGGAGGCGGUGCGGGAGGGCUGGGAGAUCCAGAUUGGUGAUCCUUACCUCUCCACACGACACGGACAACGGUAUGAUAUUCAUCCCUUCUGGCACCGCCGAAGACUGCAGACGCCACGAAGAAGUGGAGAACUAGAAGAGCAAGAGAAGACGACGAACCGAGGCAGUUGCAGCACAGGAGGAUACCCCGCAACAAGAACGUCAGCAAAGAGGGAUCAUAACGGUAGUACCGCUUCAUCCAGCGACCCUAGCUGCAGUGGACCAACGACGGCAAGGACUACAAUGAAUGCUACCAUAGCAGCCAUAAGAGACAGCCUUUUCUCCCACCAUUCCGCUCCGGUUCCAGGAGGGGGCGACUUCGUUAGCUUCUCAGGAUAUGACAUCAGCCCAGACCAUAAAACUCUUAGCGUAGUCCAAGAUGGGGAUCGGUGGGUGACAUACGAAUUUCAGCGGCCGAGCCGGCGACAGCGCCGCUUUUUGCCACCUCAACCACAGUUUGCUUGGAAGUGCACUCUUAUUACUGUAGAUCUAACCGGAAACGGAGCAAUUUUUGCUCUGUCACAGCGGCUUGGGACGUAGACGCUUGAGAUGCCACUCGUCAACAUCACAAGCGGAACUAAUUUAUGCUGAUGUCGACGGUUUGAAAAUAUUGAGAUGUCGAUGCAGUAAAAAUUGGUUCAAGGAGCGCAGUGGCUCCGUGACCGGAUUGAGUUGUUUUUAGAUUUUAGUGAAUGUGUAGAAAAGAAUCAUACAUAAUAUCCACAUAACCUUGCACAACAUGUGAAUGAUAUCCAUAUUAGCGCACUGUAGAUAGUGUCCUUUUCUGUGGUUGUGAGUUUAUUUGGUGAGCCGGUACCUCAUUGCGAAUAGACCUGUGCACGCAACCAUAGAGCUGAGCACUUACUGGAGGCGUUGCGCAGGGCUCCGGUGUGCCUUCGAAGGUGAGCCCGCUGGGGCUGACAGGAUCACGACAGCGCCGGCGCUUAGUUAGUAGUAGACAAGUACCUACCUGACUUUUCUUUUUUCGGUUUUUGUUUUUUCUAGUUAGGUCUGCUCCACCAACAUAUUAGCGUAUUGUUGUAACAGCCACAAUAUGAGAUUGCACGGUAUAUCAUUGUGUCGGCACAAGUAGAGGCAAGUUUAGAUGGGACUUAUGAUUCUACUUUGUGUUUUCUGCGAAAAGUCGAGCCCGGCAUCUCCGCCCAUCGUAGCAUAUGAGAUCAGUCUUUGUCGACCAGACUCCUGUGAGGUGAUGUCACGGGUCACAGAGUUUGGAUCGAAUCGACAGAGCUCGUUACAGUAUUUCAUGUCUGUGAGAAUGUCAGCUACUGUGGACACGUCCUCUCAAUGAGAGUUACAUUCGAGGAUCACUAU